AUGGGUGUACCCGGUCCUAACACAGAGAGCUUGGAAAAUCUCGAGAAGCGUUUUUCGGACGAUAUACUCAGGAUUGAACUUUCGGGCCCGAAACAGCGGCAUCUCAGCGUGGUCGAUGUGCCCGGUCUGUUUCAUAAUCCCACAAAGUACCAGACGGCCGAGGACCGUGUCAUCAUUCGAAAUCUGAUCGAGAGUUAUAUAAUUGACAAACGAACAAUCAUUCUCGCAGUGAUGGACGCGAGAAACAACCUUGCAAAUCAAGAGGU